AUGAAUACGUCUACAAAUCUCGCAACAUCACCAUCAUCAUCUUCAUCAGUUCCUAUUUCAACAUUAAAUCUUGAUAAACAAGAACCUGAUGUUGAUGCAAUUAAAAUGUUCUGUGGACAAAUUCCACGUAAUAUGAAUGAAUCAGAAUUACGUGAAAUAUUUGAACAGUUUGGUCCUGUCUUUCAAUUAAAUAUUUUACGUGACAAACAAACUGGUGAAUCAAAAGGUUGUUGUUUUGUUACGUAUUAUACGAGAAAAGCAGCAUUAGAUGCACAAAAUGCUCUACAUAAUUUACGUACAUUAAAUGGUAGUCAUCAUCCAGUACAAAUGAAACCAGCUGAUACAGAAAAUCGUAAUGGUAAACGAAAAUUAUUUGUUGGAAUGGUAUCAAAAAGUUUUGAUGAACAAAGUAUUCGUGUACUUUUUCAAUCGUAUGGCUCUAUUGAAGAUUGUACAAUACUUCGAGAUGCUAAUGGGAAAAGUCGAGGAUGUGCUUUUAUUACAUUUCAAAAACGUCAAUGUGCUAUAAAUGCAAUAAAAUCUAUGCAUCAAUCUCAAACAAUGGAGGGUUGUUCAUCUCCACUUGUUGUUAAAUUUGCUGAUACACCAAAAGAUAAAGAAACAAAAAAAAUUCAACAACAAUUUCCAAAUUAUAAUAAUGUUCUUAUGCAACAAAUGACUCCUGGAAAUUCGAUACCUAAUCCGCAACAUAUGAACACAUAUAAUUUUAUACCGGAAUUGAGUAAUUUAGUAUUACUUCAACAAUUAUUAAAGAAUUAUGGUUUUAUUGGUAACAAUGGCAAUACUAUUAAUUUUCCAGCAUUGAAUAAUCUAUUACAAAUGUUUACAAAUAAUAUGAAUUUAAAUCCGAAUAAACUACCUAUAUUAGUACCAUCGAAUUCAUCAUCAAAUAUGACUUCAAGUUCUCAAAAUGGAAGUAAUCAAUCAUUAAAUCUUCACGAACAACAACAACAACAACAACAUACACUUAAUUCACCUCGAUCACCAUUAUCAUCGAAUUCAAAUAAUACUUCGUAUAAUACUGAUUCUUCUGUACUUAUGUGUGGAUUAAAUACAAAUAGUCCACAAAAUACUCAUAUUAAUCCAAAUAAUAAUUUAACAUCAACUAUAUCAACAUCCAAUAAUAAUCUUUAUCCACCUACAAUGCCUCCAGUCUAUGCCAAUAAUGUUAAUUCAUUAGCAAAUGCUACUGCAGAUGCUCAUCACAAUCUACAAAAUCUUGUUGCAAUGUCUCAAGUAAAUAAUGGAGGUCUUUUAUCAACAACGAAUCCAUCUGCAGCAGCAGCAGCUGCUUCGUUUCCUGUUUUUCCAUCAUCAUCAUAUAUAUCUUCUCAAGUAGCUGGUAAACAUACUGAAGGUCCGGAUGGUGCAAAUCUUUUUAUUUAUCAUUUACCACAAGAAUACAGUGAUACAGAUUUAGCUCAAGCUUUUGCACCUUACGGACCAAUUAUAUCUGCUAAAGUAUUUGUUGAUAAAACAACAAAUCGAAGUAAAUGUUUUGGUUUUGUUAGUUAUGAUAAUCCAGCAUCGGCACAAGCAGCUAUAAAUCAAAUGAAUGGUUGUCAAAUUGGAAUGAAACGACUUAAAGUUCAAUUAAAAAAACAUCGUAUUGAAACAAAUAAUAACUUAAAUAGUCCAACUAGCAAUCAGAUUCAAGCAACUAUCAAUAAUAGUUCAAACAAUCAUAAUGGAAAUUCACCUUCAACAUCAAUAAAAUCUUCCUAUUAA